UUUUAUUUCUUUAUAACAGAAUUAAUCAUCCGUUUCGGGACACGUUCUGUUUCGGAAAAUGACCUUAAAUUAAUAAUAGUUGAAGCGAAAUUGUAAACAUAUGGCCGAUGUAUGCUGGGCAUAUGCAUCGGUGCAGCUAAUGUAUGGCGUUUGUGACAUUAUAGUUUCAUUUUAAGUUAUGUGUUCAAUCGUCAGAAGAGGAAGGUCACAAUUGUAAAGCAAGAUUUGGAAUCAAGACUUCACCCACGGGUGCAGACUUUCGUCACAACAUUGAUGGAAAUUCUAGUCUACCUGGAGACACCUGAGUAUGACUUUUCUGGUCUUCCCCCUCAUGAUGGUCUCUGGAGUUCUUUCAGACCUGACCAUUACAGUCACACAUAAGGACCAAAAUCAACAGAAUACAUUCAAACAAAUUCAUUUCUCGGAAGCAAUUUUAAAUAGCUUCCAGAACUGUGUGUGUAACUCUACGUCUGCUGCCUGCGUCUUCACCUACUCCCAGGGCGCCUCCAAGACAACAAGGUACAUCACCAAUGUCGAAACCAAACUGUUACCUUCCAAGGAGCUCGAGACGCAGGUGGUCAACUAUUACAUCUGCGGAAAGGUUACGUCCAGGAAUCAACUCUUGUGCAUGAGGCAAAGAGAAAACAAGACCUGCCCUGUACUAGGGGUUCAUCCUUAUUACUUCAGAGAGGAGAAUUGUGGGAUGGAAUGCGUUGGUCUCACGUGGAUUAUCAAUCAAUCAAUGACUAUCGACUACAAUUCGAGCACCUUGCUUAAAUUUGGUCAGUGCCAAAGUCCGUGUUCCUCGUCAUCUUUUAAGCGCGAGGAGUCGACAACCAUCUCAUUGAAACCUGUUGGACAGUCUCCAAAUUUGAUGUCCAGCACCGAUACAGGUCAGAGAGAACCACAGCAACACGAUGAAGAUGAUGAAAUCAACUACACGUUUAUCUUCAUAGGUGUCGCUGUAGUCAUUGCUGUCGUUAUUGUACUGACAGUCAUCAUUGUACUUUUGUGGAAGCGAUACUUGGCUGAAUUAAAAUCAAGAAACGGAACUCCGAUCCUGCGUUCUGGAGCUGCUGCUACCGGGCAAGCGAACGAUAUGACGUCAAAUCUAAACUACUCUCAAACCAGCAUGUAUAAUGACGUAUUCAUUCUGGAUGAACAAUUUAUCGUAGCCUCAAGCUCAGACGAUAAAAUUAUAAACACUGCUUCGUCUUCGGAGCCUGUUUAUAGUAUCGUAAACAAAGAUUGCAGUUCCAGAAACAAACAAACUCUUAGAACAGGAAACAUUCCUAUAUAUGACAGUUUACGUGAGAACAAUUCUGAAACAGUUACUGCGAGAUAUCGCUUUGAUCAGAAUGUUUUAAACGAAGCGACCUUAUAUCAGAAUGAACAUGUUUCUAUCACAACAGUAUCGAACCCAGACCAGAUCGUUGUGUCUCCCAACAACGUUUAUUCUAAACUUGGAGAGGAAGUGAGAGACUGUUUUAAUAUGUAUGAUGUUUUGACCAGUCCAGAAGCACACGCUGUUGGACAAAGCGAGAUGUCUACGCACGCAACAAAGGCAGCAUUCAAAGAGUAUACCCUCGCGAAGCCAAUCUCUGAUACAAAGAGCUUACAAUCUUAGUCAAACUUGAGGUUUCUUUAAGAGAUGCUUUCAGAAAUGUAGCCUCUAAUUGAGGCUGAAAGUGGAAUAAAGGAUUUUUUAAGAUUAAAAACAUAGUCGUGUAUCUUAAUUAGAGACUUAAGCUCUGCUAAAUGAUCGGUUUUCCUGGCUGAUUCAGGCAACCAUUCCAUGCUCUAAUAGUCCAGUUUUAUUUAUUGAUAGAUUCUCUUGUUUAUGGGUAAAGUAUGAACUGUAUUUUUAAGGAGAAUGUAAAAAAUUAAAGAAUUUCAUUAAAAAUCA